AUGGCCCUCCCAUCACCUCUAGAAGCAUUCUCGUCACCCAAGACGCUGCUCACCGAAACCCUCUUGAAUCCUCUCCUCACAGGCCCCCUCCUGGUGUAUGCACUACGCAACCCAUCGAUUCUGCACAACCUGCCGUGGCCACCAGCGACCAUCGCCACCUUGAGGGUGUUCCCCUUCCAGCUGCCCCUGGGCAUCCCCAACAGCAUCCGGCUGAAGGUCACGCCGCCACUGACGACGCUGAAGUGGCUCGUCGCGCUGGGCCUGGUCGCCCACGUCAAUCGUUUCCUCAGCCGCCUGGCCCUGAACUACUGGCACGUCCGGAAGCAAGGGGAGCCGUGGGCCUUUGGGGACGAGGGUGCCGAGACCAUCUUGAUCACCGGCGGCUGUUCGGGCUUCGGGAGGGAGAUGGUCAAGAUGUUCGCGGCGCGCACGAGGGCGAACAUCGUCGUGCUGGAUGUCCAGGACUUGCCGGAUGAUUUGAAGGAUAUUCAGCGCCUCUCCUACUACAAAGCCGACCUGACCUCCCCAUCAUCCAUCACCGAGGCGGUGGACGCCAUAUGCCGCGCCUCCACCCCGACGGUGCUGAUCAACAACGCGGGCAUCGCGCAGGCGCACACGAUCCUGGACACCGACGACGCCUGGCUCGACAAGAUCUUCCGCGUCAACCUGCUGAGCCACUUCACGCUGAUCCGCCUGCUGCUGCCGCGCAUGAUGGCCCAGCGCAAGGGGCACAUUGUGUCUAUUGCCAGUAUGGCCAGUUACACCGGCUGCGCCAGCCUGGGCGACUACUGCGCGACCAAGGCCGGCGUGCUAGGCCUGCACGAGUCGCUGGUGGCCGAGCUGGGCACGCGGUACCGCGACCGGGGCGGCCACUGCAUCCAGGCCUCGAUCGUGCACCCGAUGUGGGCGCGCACGCCCCUGGUGGGCUCGUGGGAGAAGCAGCUGGCCGCGUCGCGCGCCGCCGUGCUCGAGCCCGCCGACGUCGCGGCCCCCGUGGUCGCCCAGGUCCUGCGUGGCCGUGCCGGCAGCGUCUUCGUCCCCGAGAAGUUCUGGGUCGGCACGCUCCUGCGCGCCCUGCCCGACUGGGUUGGGGUUCGGUCGAGGAUGGACACUGCUGCGGCCACGGCCACGGCGUCGUAG